AUGCUAUUUCUUCGAUUUUUAUUCUAUUUUCUUCAUGCCGUAUUUCUUUUUUCUUCUGUUUCUUUUCUUUUGCUUGUGUCUUACGCGUUCUGCUAUUUUUAUCUUUUCCUUUUUUUGAGACAUUGCACUUUUCUUCCAUCGACAUUCUUUUACACGUUACUUGAUAUAUUGCUCUUUCUUCCAUUUUCUUUCUUUUAUUUGCUUCUUCCAAUGUUGUUCAUUCUUUCAAUUUCUUCUUUUUUUUUUUACUUUCCCCGUAAUAUAUUACACUUUUCCUCUCAUUUCUUUCUUUACCAUGAUUCUUCCCAUGCUGCGCUUUCUAUCAUUUUCUUUCUUUUAUUUUUUUAUUUCCUUUCUUUAUUCUUUGCUUUUUUUUCUUGUUAUAUAUUCUUCAAUUUCUUCGAUCUUUUUUCCGCUUUCUCUUACUGUAUUGCACUUUUUCACCCUAUCUUUAUUUUACUAUUUGCUAUAUUUUUUUUCUUUCUUUUUUUGCUAUAUUCUCUUUCUUUUUCCUUUUUUUUUUAUUUCCAUUUUACACUUUUCCGUUUUUCCUCCUUUUACUUUUUUCUUGCCUUACGACUCUAUUACUUUUCGAUAUAUUUCCUUUAUAGUUUUAGUCACUUUUUAUCUUUUUUCUUCAUUUUUCACUGUUCGCUUUUCCGUUUUUUUUUUUUUUUGAACUCGUCCUCUUUUCAAAUUCCGUUCUCUUCGUUGUCUUUGUCUUUCAUCAAAUUCUCGCUCGACUCCCUUUUACUUUUCUUCUUUGCCCUUUCUAUUUACCAUCCCCCCCCCGCUGAUUAUGAUUAUCAUGAUUAUGAUGAUGAAUCAGGCGGUGAUUAUCAUUUAGAAGUAACAAAGCCGCAAACUGGAAUCUUCGCUAGGGAAGUUAGUCGAAAAUGA